AUUCUCUCUGUGACUCCCAUCCGCCAUGGCUUCACGGAGGUUACUAGCCUCCCUCCUCCGCUCCUCCCUUCACCGAUCUCCUUCUAGAUCUCCGUUUACUCACUCAAGUAGAAUUGCACGCACACGAUCCCAAUCUCAUCCUUCGCCUACCGGUUACUUUCUUAACCGUGCAGUCAACUAUGCCACAUCCGCCACCGCAGCGCCAUCUCAACCACCACCUGCUGCUCCUGCUAAAGGAUCUGAAACUGGAAAGAUCACUGAUGAGUUCACCGGAGCCGGAGCGAUCGGACAGGUAUGCCAGGUGAUCGGUGCUGUUGUAGAUGUGAGGUUCAGUGAGGGAUUGCCGCCGAUUCUUACGGCCUUGGAGGUUUUGGAUAAUUCGAUUAGGUUGGUGUUGGAAGUGGCCCAGCAUUUGGGGGAGAAUAUGGUUAGGACUAUUGCCAUGGAUGGUACUGAAGGCCUUGUGCGUGGUCAAAGAGUUCUCAAUACUGGUUCUCCUAUCACUGUACCUGUUGGUAGAGCCACCCUUGGGCGUAUCAUCAAUGUUAUUGGAGAGCCUAUCGACCAUAGAGGCGACAUUAAAACCGACCAUUAUCUGCCAAUCCACAGAGAAGCCCCAGCUUUUGUUGAGCAGGCAACCGAACAACAAAUUCUCGUAACUGGAAUCAAGGUUGUUGAUCUCCUUGCACCAUAUCAGAGAGGAGGAAAAAUUGGUCUGUUUGGUGGGGCUGGUGUAGGAAAAACUGUGCUUAUCAUGGAGCUCAUCAACAAUGUUGCCAAAGCCCAUGGUGGUUUCUCCGUCUUUGCUGGUGUCGGAGAACGUACCCGCGAGGGUAAUGAUUUGUACAGGGAGAUGAUGGAGAGUGGCGUCAUUAAGCUAGGUGAUAAGCAGAGUGAGAGCAAAUGUGCUCUUGUCUAUGGUCAAAUGAAUGAACCACCCGGUGCUCGUGCCCGUGUUGGCCUGACUGGAUUGACUGUGGCAGAACACUUCAGAGAUGCUGAAGGACAAGAUGUGCUUCUCUUUAUUGACAACAUUUUCCGUUUUACCCAGGCCAACUCUGAGGUCUCUGCUUUGCUUGGUCGUAUCCCAUCUGCUGUCGGUUAUCAACCAACCUUGGCCACUGAUCUUGGAGGCCUUCAGGAGCGAAUCACCACCACCAAGAAGGGUUCUAUUACAUCCGUACAAGCUAUUUACGUGCCUGCUGAUGAUUUGACAGAUCCAGCUCCUGCUACAACCUUUGCUCAUUUGGACGCCACAACUGUGCUAUCCCGACAGAUCUCCGAGCUUGGUAUUUAUCCUGCUGUGGAUCCUCUUGAUUCUACAUCCCGUAUGCUCUCCCCCCAUAUUUUGGGAGAGGAACAUUACAAUACAGCUCGUGGUGUACAGAAAGUUCUUCAGAACUACAAAAAUCUCCAAGAUAUCAUUGCUAUUCUAGGAAUGGACGAGCUUAGUGAAGAUGACAAGUUGACUGUUGCUCGUGCUCGUAAAAUCCAAAGGUUUUUGAGUCAGCCCUUCCAUGUCGCAGAAGUUUUCACUGGUGCCCCCGGUAAAUAUGUGGAGUUGAAGGAAAGCAUUGUCAGCUUCCAGGGAGUGUUGGAUGGAAAGUACGAUGAUUUAUCAGAACAAUCGUUCUACAUGGUUGGAGGAAUCGAUGAGGUUAUUGCGAAAGCUGAAAAGAUUGCCAAGGAUUCAGCAGCAGCUUCGUAGACAUCUGUGAAAUGUUCAUUUUAAAUCAUUAAAUAGUUAUAGAAAUGGUGGAGAGAAGGCUUAGGCUUCCUCCCUUGAUUGUGUUUUGUGUUGAGCUGAAGAAUAAAUAAAGCGGAUGAAUGUUUUGUUGGAUUUUGGAACUCCUCUGUAUAUCUUUCUUGCUAAUCUUAGUUCUCCCAGAUCUUUGGAUGCCA